GCUAAAGGCGGGAAAAGACCCGAUGGAGCGACAAGGAGUGGACAUGCCCCAUGUAGAGUGCAAGGACCAGGAGCCACUGCCGUUGGGGGAGAGCAAGGAACAUCAGCAGUGUGAGGAGAAUCGCGAGGAGGAAGCUGGUGGAGGGCCUGCUAGAAGUCAGGGUUCCAGCCCUUGUACUGCCACCUCCAGUGCCAGUCGCCAGCUGACGGUGCUGGAAGGGAAGUCAGUCCCCUACUUCUCCUCCCUGGACUCCAGCAUCGACACCCUGAAGAAGAGAGCCCAGGAACUGAUCGAAAACAUCAACGAGAGCAGGCAGAAGGACCAUGCAUUCAUGACCAACUUCAGGGACAGCCUCAAGAUCAAGGUUUCGGAUCUGACAGAGAAGUUAGAGGAGAGGAUGUACCAAAUUUAUGAUCACCACAACAAGAUCAUCCAGGAAAAGCUCCAACAAUUCACCCAGAAGAUGGCAAAAAUCAGCCAUUUGGAGACAGAGCUCAAACAAGUCUGCCACACUGUGGAGACUGUGUACAAAGACCUGUACGUCCAGCCUGAGGCCACUACUUCAGAAGAACAGACCCACAGAGAUAGUGAAUGCUGACAGCUGCUCGGAGACUCACACCUUAGUGACAGCCACCAAGAGAAGGCUCAGAGGCCACCAUUUGGGCCAUGCUGAAACAAUUGUUUUUCAUAGUUCUGUAAUACAUCUUGGCAAAAAAAGAAACAAAAAAAACAACUCCUUGUGCUGAACCCCAAAAUGCAGUAUGUCUGGCCCCUGCAUGGGCCCAGCCUGAGCACUCGCCACACUUGGCAAAUCCCCUCACCCCCACCCCCACCCCACACAGUUCAUUAAACGU